AUGCUGGGUCUAUCACGGCAAACGCCUCCAUCAUGGUACCGAGACCGAGUCCGCGAAGAGCUGCAGGAACGCCGGUCCGCCGAGUCCUUCUGUCAAAAGGUCAGCGAGACAUCCGAUGUCUUCUUCCCCCUCAGCCGCGCUCAAUAUGAUGGCUUCCCAGUUCGCAAACUACCCGAGUUUGUGGCCUACCACCAUGGUUUGGUUUAUUCGUACAUGAUAACGAAGUACACUUUGCGCUGGAGCUUCUAUCGGACGGCUGCAAUGCUCUGCAAUGUGCCUCGCUACGACCUCGUACGGGAGGUGGUUGCUUCCCGGCACCAGAUUGACCCUUUGGAGUAUAAGCGACCUACAGGCUCAGAUGCCGGAUCCUCUUCCAACGUUAAACCAGUAAUCAUCGGCAUCUACGGAAUACCAGGGUCAGGCAAGACAUUCUUGCUGAACCAACUCCAAAAAGAACUCGAAGGAGAGGAUUUCAAUCUCACUGCCGGCGGUCUCCGUGCUUUCCAGGCUCUAGAGGAGAGUUCGAAACAAAACCAGCGGAAACUUGCCAUCGACUGGAUCCGAAAUGAAUGCGUGGAGAGCAAAAAUGUUGAGGUAGUCACUGGACACUACAUGUUUUGGCCUGAGGGAGGAGUUGAACGCAGGGUAUACACUCCAAAUGACCUGGACACGUUCACGCAUAUCAUCUACAUGACCGUUGCCCCCAAACUGGUGAUGGAGCAACUCCUGAAGGAUACCAGAAGCCGACCACCCAUGUCAAUUGAACACCUGAAGAGGUGGCAAGAAACCGAACAAACCGAGCUGCUUGGACUUUGCUACGAGCAUAGCAUCCUAUUCACACAUCGAAAAGAGCUCGACGAAAUCCUGGAGGCUGCUGGAGGGCAAGGAAAGCUAUAUACAGUGGUAGUCUUCGAUGCCGAUAGGACAUUGGCUGCCGAGGACAGCGGUACACUGUUUUGGGAAAAGCUCGAUCAGGCCCUAUUCAGCAGCCCCAUGGGGUAUUCUUAUACCGCGUUUCGUCAAGCCGCUUUAUUAUAUGAAGAGGCGGUGGACAACAUCGAGCAUAUCACCGCACUGGUUGUCACUUGUGGACUGCGUCUGGUCUGGGAAAAAGUACUUGAGAGACAAGGCCUGUCGAACACCGUGAAUGUCAUCGGCAGCGGUCAAGCCGGUGACGCAUCGAUCGUUACUCCGGCUGUGAAAGCCGCAUUGGUUAGACGUUUCCGGAAUACUUUUAAGACAUAUGUCUGGGCGUUUGGAGAUAGUGUUCUGGAUUUGCCCAUGCUCCAGGCGGCGGACGUACCCAUUGUUGUAGUUGGGGAGGAGCAUCAAAGAGGCAAAUCCAUGGACCAGCCACUGCUGGACGCUAUCAACAAGGGUCUUGAAGCGCACCAAUUGGUCAUACCGAGCACCGCCUCCUGUCGACUCGAUUCAGGGAAACUUCCACUCGUGAAGUCCACGAUCGAGGCGUUUAUCAGCUCAAUCUUGUUGGGUCGGAGUGAACGAAACUUGUCUCGGGUCCGUCAUGGAACAGGCUGUAACUCAGCCAAACUUCUCAUGACGCCGACGCGCGACUCGAAAGUUGCUAGUCCUAUCCUGAGAGAAGCCCAUCGCCGAUAUGCGAUUCCCCACGUCCAGGGCCACGAGACGAUUGGAUAUCGACUUUGUCACGAAGGACAGACUUUGAUCGUGGCAUUGAUGCGCGGGGGAGAGCCAAUGGCUAUGGGCGUUAACGAUGCCUUUCCACUCGCCAUGUUCAUGCACGCAUCGCAGCCUUCUCAUGUGACGCCUCAUCAUCUGGAGGGACAACGGACGGUGCUUCUGGUGGACUCGAUGGUGAACAGCGGCAAGGCGGCCACUGGUUUCAUACAACACGUCCAUAAACUGGACUCUACGGUUCAAAUUGUGGUGGUUGCGGGAGUUGUCCAGGUCGAGUCGAUCAGGGUCGGAGAUCUAGCCGCGGAACUUGACCUGAGACGGAAUGUUAGCCUCAUCGUUCUCCGUCUUUCGGAUAAUAAAUUCACCGGCGAAGGAACUACCGAUACUGGCAAUCGACUCUUCAAUACGACUCGACUGGAUGGAUGA